AUGACCACUUUACUCUUGGUGUUUGUGACUCUGAGGGUCAUUACAGCAGCCAGCGCAAUAGAAGCUUCAGACCCUGACAACUCGCUGAGUGUCAGCAUCCCCGAACCGUCCCCCCUGCGGGUCCUCCUGGGGAGCUCCCUCACCAUCCCCUGCUACUUCAUCGACCCCAUGCACCCCGUGACCACCGCCCCCUCCACCGCCCCCCUCUCCCCGAGAAUCAAGUGGAGCCGCAUUUCCAAGGAGAAGGAGGUAGUGUUGCUAGUGGCCACGGAAGGGCAGGUGCGGGUUAACAGUGCCUACCAAGACAAGGUCUCGCUGCCCAACUAUCCGGCCAUCCCCAGCGACGCCACCUUGGAAAUCCAGAACCUGCGUUCCAAUGACUCUGGGAUGUACCGCUGUGAGGUUAUGCACGGCAUUGAGGACAGCGAGGCUACCCUGGAGGUCGUGGUGAAAGGCAUCGUGUUCCAUUACAGAGCUAUCUCCACACGCUACACGCUGGACUUUGACAGGGCACAGCGGGCCUGCCUGCAGAACAGUGCCAUCAUCGCCACACCCGAACAGCUGCAGGCUGCCUACGAGGACGGCUUCCACCAGUGCGACGCCGGCUGGCUGGCUGACCAGACUGUCAGGUACCCCAUCCACACUCCGAGGGAAGGCUGUUAUGGGGACAAGGAUGAGUUUCCGGGCGUGAGGACAUACGGCAUCCGAGACACCAAUGAGACCUAUGAUGUGUACUGCUUCGCUGAAGACAUGGAAGGCGAGGUCUUCUAUGCGACAUCUCCGGAGAAGUUCACCUUCCAGGAGGCAGCCAAUGAGUGUCGGCGGCUGGGCGCCCGGCUGGCCACCACGGGCCAGCUCUACCUGGCCUGGCAGAGCGGCAUGGACAUGUGCAGUGCUGGCUGGCUGGCCGACCGCAGUGUGCGCUAUCCCAUCUCCAAAGCCCGGCCCAACUGCGGGGGCAACCUGCUGGGCGUGAGGACUGUCUACCUGCAUGCCAACCAGACGGGCUACCCUGACCCCUCAUCCCGCUACGAUGCCAUCUGCUACACAGGUGAAGACUUUGUGGACAUCCCAGAAAACUUCUUCGGGGUGGGUGGUGAGGAGGACAUCACCAUCCAGACAGUGACCUGGCCUGAUGUGGAGCUGCCUCUGCCCCGAAACAUCACCGAGGGUGAAGCCCGAGGCAACGUGAUCCUUACUGUGAAACCCAUCUUUGAAGUCUCCCCCACUAUCCCGGAGCCCGAGGAGCCCUUCACGUUUGUCCCCGAAGUAGGGGCCACUGCCUUCCCUGAGGCUGAGAACAGGACUGGAGAGGCCACCAGGCCCUGGGGUGUCCCCGAGGAGUCCACGCCUGGCCUGGCCUUCACCGCCUUCACCAGCGAGGACCAUGUGGUGCAGGUGACCGCAGUCCCAGGAGCCACCGAGGUUCCCGGGCGGCCACGAUUGCCAGGGGGGGUUGUGUUCCACUACCGGCCAGGCUCUGCCCGCUACGCCCUGACGUUUGCGGAGGCUCAGCAGGCCUGCCUGCGCACCGGGGCAGUGAUCGCCUCCCCGGAGCAGCUCCAGGCCGCCUAUGAAGCAGGCUACGAGCAGUGUGAUGCUGGCUGGCUGCAAGACCAGACUGUCAGAUACCCCAUCGUGAGCCCACGAACCCCAUGUGUGGGUGAUAAAGACAGCAGCCCGGGAGUCAGGACCUACGGCAUCCGGCCACCGUCCGAAACUUAUGAUGUCUACUGCUACGUGGACAGGCUCGAGGGGGAGGUGUUCUUUGUCACACGCCCGGAGCAGUUCACCUUCGAGGAGGCCCUGGCAUUCUGUGAAUCCCACAACGCCACACUGGCCUCCACGGGCCAGCUCUACGCCGCCUGGAGCCGGGGCCUGGACAAGUGCUAUGCUGGCUGGCUGUCCGACGGCAGCCUCCGCUACCCCAUCGUCACCCCGAGGCCCUCCUGUGGCGGAGACAAGCCAGGCGUGAGAACGGUCUACCUUUACCCCAACCAGACAGGCCUCCCAGACCCACUGUCCCGGCAUCAUGCCUUCUGCUUCCGAGGUGUCUCAGCAGCACCCUCUCCAGGAGAAGAAGAGGGUGGCACAGCCACGCCCUCUGUGGAGGACUGGAUCGCUACCCAAGUGGUGCCUGGUGUGGCUGCUGUCCCCUCCGGAGAGGAGACCACGACAAGCCCAGACUUCACCACUGAGCCAGAAAACCAGACCGAAUGGGAACUGGCCUACACCCCAGUGGGCACUUCCCCACCACCAGGGCUGCCUUCUGCAGAAGGUCCAGAAGUCUCUGCCUCUGGAAUAGGGGACCUCAGUGGACUUCCUUCUGGAAGAGAAGGUCUAGAGACCUCUGCCUCUGGAGUAGGGGACCUCAGCGGGCUGCCUUCUGGAGUGGAGGGUCAUCAUCCAGAGACUUCUGCUUCUGGAGUAGGGGACCUCAGUGAAUUUUAUUCUGGAGGGGAGGGUCUGGAGACCUCUGCUUCUGGAGCUGAGGAACUCAGUGGGUUGCCUUCUGGAAAAGAAGACUUGAUUGGGUCAGCUUCCGGAGACUUGGACUUAGGCAGAAUACCUUCUGGAACUCUAGGAAGUGGGCAAGCUCCAGAAGCAAGUGGCCUUCCAUCUGGAUUUAGUGGUGAGUAUUCUGGGGUGGACCUUGCAAGUGGCCCAUCCUCUGGCCUACCUGACUUUAGUGGACUUCCCUCUGGAUUCCCAACCGUCUCCCUGGUGGAUACUACAUUGGUGGAAGUGGUCACGGCCACCACUGCAAGUGAACUGGAAGGGAGGGGGACUAUUGGCAUUAGUGGUGCCGGAGAAACAUCUGGGCUGCCCUUCAGCGAGUUGGACAUUAGUGGGGCAGUUAGCGGACUCCCGUCAGGAGCUGAACUCAGUGGCCAAGCCUCUGGGUCUCCUGACAUCAGUGGGGAAACAUCUGGAUUCUUUGGUGUCAGUGGACAGCCAUCAGGAUUUCCUGACAUCAGCGGGGGAACAUCUGGGCUUUUUGAAGUCAGUGGGCAGGCAUCAGGGUUUUCUGGGGAAACAUCUGCAGUGACUGAGCUCAGUGGACUGGUCUCCGGCCAACCAGAUGUCAGUGGAGAAGCUUCUGGAGUUCUUUCUGGCAGUGGUCAACCAUUUGGCAUAACCGACCUGAGUGGGGAAACAUCUGGGGUCCCUGGUGUCAGUGGCACGACCUCUGGAAUCCCUGACCUGGUUCCCAGUGCCGUGAGUGGCAGCGGUGCAUCUUCUGGCAUUACAUUUGUGGACACCAGUUUGGUCGAAGUGACCCCAACUACAUUUAAAGAAGAAGAAGGCUUGGGGUCUGUGGAACUCAGUGGACUCCCUUCAGGGGAGGCAGGUCUGUCAGGCACAUCUGGGAUCAUGGAUGUCAGUGGACAGUCUUCUGGAGCAGUUGACUCCGGCGGGUUUACCUCCCCGCCUCCAGAAUUCAGUGGCCUGCCAAGUGCAGUAGCUGAGGUCAGUGGAGAAUCCUCCGGGGCAGAGAUUGGGAGCAGCCUGCCCUCAGGAGCAUAUGACGGCAGUGGACUUGCUUCUGGUUUCCCCACUGUCUCUCUGGUAGACAGGACUUUGGUGGAAUCUGUAACCCAGGCCCCAACAGCCCAAGAAGCGGGAGAAGGGCCUUCGGGCAUUGUGGAACUCAGUGGUGCCCAUUCUGGAGCACCAGACGUGUCUGGAGACCAUUCGGGAUUUUUGGACCUGAGCGGGCCGCAGUCCGGGCUGGUGGAGCCCAGUGGGGAGCCAUCAAGUACUCCGUAUUUUAGUGGGGACUUUUCUGGCACUGUGGAUGUUAGUGGCGAAUCUUCUGCAGCCACGGGCACCAGUGGAGAGGCCUCAGGACUUCCAGAAGUCACUUUAAUCACUUCUGAGUUCGUGGAGGGUGUCACUGAACCAACGGUGUCCCAGGAACUUGCACAAAGACCCCCUGUGACACACACACCCCGGCUUUUCGAGUCCAGUGGAGAAGCCUCUGCGUCUGGGGAAAUUAGUGGAGCCACCCCCACGUUCCCCGGGUCUGGGGUAGGAUCGGUCCCGGAAUCCAGCAGUGAGACACCUGCCUUUCCUGAGGCUGGACCGGGGGCGUCUGCUGCCCCUGAGGUGAGCGGAGGGGCUUCCGGGUCCCCUGAUGUAAGUGAAGCCACCUCCACCUUCCCUGACGCUGAUGUGGAGGGAGGCUCAGGCCUGACGGUGAGCGGCAGCACCUCAGCCUUUCCGGAAGGCCCCGGGGAGGGCUCGGCCACCCCGGAAGCACAGGAGGAGCCAACCACCACCCACGAUGUGGGCACAGAGGCAUCGGGCUGGGCUUCGGCCACUCCAGUGGCUUCUGGAGACAGGACUGAAAUCGGUGGAGACCUGUCUGGUCACACGUCAGGGCUGGACAUGGUCAUCAGCACCAGCGUCCCAGAGUCUGAAUGGACCCAGCAGACCCAGCGCCCUGCAGAGGCACACCUAGAAAUCGAGUCCUCAAGCCCCUUGCACUCAGGAGAAGAGACCCAAACAGCCGAAACAGCCACCUUCCCCACAGAUGCUUCCAUCCCAACUCCUCCAGGAGGGACAGAUGAAUCCGCGGUAACCAUUGCAGACAUUGAUGAGUGCCUCUCAAGCCCUUGUCUGAAUGGAGCCACCUGCGUGGACGCCAUCGACUCUUUCACAUGCUUAUGCCUUCCCAGCUACCGAGGGGACCUGUGUGAGAUUGACCAAGAGCUGUGUGAGGAGGGCUGGACCAAGUUCCAGGGCCACUGUUACCGCUACUUCCCCGACCGCGAGAGCUGGGUGGAUGCGGAGAGCCGGUGUCGGGCACAGCAGUCACACCUGAGCAGCAUUGUCACCCCGGAGGAGCAGGAGUUUGUCAACAACAACGCCCAAGACUACCAGUGGAUCGGCCUGAACGACAGGACCAUCGAAGGGGACUUCCGCUGGUCAGACGGACACUCCUUGGGCCGGGCAAGUCGAGUGAACACCGGCUGGGAAGAGGGGGACGAGGAGGGCAAUGAUGGAAUGAAGGCACGCCACCAGAAGGGCCACGUGGAAGCUUUAGAGGGCUCCCUUGCCCGCAGAGGACUCGAGUCUGCCCGAGGAGGCGGGCAGACGGAAAGCAAUAUAGAUGCCAAGUAG